GACAAAACAUUUCAACGAGGCAUGAGAUUUUCGACCGUAUUGUUCAUGGCGCGGCUAAGCUUUCAUUCUUCAUUGCCUUUCUGCAGAUGAGCGUGACUUUGACCCGACCCGGCUGACGUCAUUGGCCAGGGGUGUUGACGUCAUGUUCGAGGAUCUCAGGGGUGAGAGUGUCCUGAAGGAGUCCGCCUUGUUGGAGAUUCUCCGAUUCCACCGUGAGGCCAUGGCCCUGGAGGCUAACGUGUCCGGGGCAGUGUACACCUUCGGGGCCCUGUGCGCGCAGCACCGAGGGACGUGUCUGGAGAACCCGCUCCUCCAGGCUACCGGCUACCACGGGGAGAACAUCGCGAACCUCACAGUAACGUACCCCCUACUGUCGCGGCCUGAAGGGGGGAUGGCUUUUCUUGGGGGGGCGCUAGCAGGGCUGGAGUUUCAAGAAGGUGAGCUGAACGUCGUCUCGGGCGCCAAGGUGUUCUCAAACACCUACUUCUUAAGGUCACAGAGCCGUCAAGACGACUUUAGGAGCAAGGUCUGGUUAAGAGAGUUUACCUUGCUGGUGAACAGGUUCAAGUCGGAUGUUGUCAGGGUGAUGGUUUUAACAGACGGGUGGCUGAAGGAUGCUACAGAAGGAAAGGUAGCGGAGGCGAAGCAGCUGGUGACAGCAGGACUGAGCGUGCUGUCUGUGUUCUGUAUGCUGGCGUGUCUCAGGCGAGGGAAGGGAUGGCUGGGCACAUGGAGCUGUCGGUGCUCUACAUGCUGGCGUCUCAGGCGCGAGGAGGGAUGGCUGGGCACAUGGAGAAGAAGCAGUCCGCUGCUGGGGUUGGCCGGCGUGUUGUCCGGAGGUUUCGCCGCCCUGAGUUCUGGCGGGCUCCUGGGGUACUGCGGGGUCAGGAUCUCAGACAUCGCCUACUUGGCUCCGGCUCUAGUUCUCGGUGUGGGAGUGGACGAUAUGUUCAUCAUGCUGGCGGCCUGGCGCCGUACGGACCCGGGGGACAGCCUGGAGACCCGGGCGGGCCAGGCGCUGAGGGAGGCCGCCGGCACCAUCACCAUCACCUCGCUCACCAACGGGCUGGCCUUCGGGCUCGGCAGCCUCAGCGACUUUCCUUACGCGCGCACCUUCUGUGGGUACACGGCCCUGGCCAUGCUGUUCGACUAUAUCUACCAGGUAACGUUCUUCGCAGCGCUGAUGGUCUUCUCGGGAAAAAUGGAAUACCCGUCAUCCGUUUCGCUGUGUUGCCAUGACAACGUCCCGUACUCCAAACGUCAAAAUGGCGGUAAAUCAGCCAAGGUCAGCAACGAUUUUGACCCGAGCAUUUCGAACGAUUACGAAGAUGACGUUACUUUCGACGAGGUGUUACUCGAUGAUAGCCCGAAAGGAAGGAUGGAACUAUGGCGAGAAAGAACACAGCGGAUGCGCAUGUCCACCAUCGAAGAACUCGACCCUGAAUUAGAAGACUCUGAAAUUCUCAAUGACGCAGACGAGAGCUUGAGCAGGAGGCUUGGCCGUGCCAUAACUAGCAAGCAGACCCUAGUGUGGCUAGCGUGCGUGUAUUGUACGUAUCUGUUCGUAGCAGGUGCCGGAUUCGCGUCUCUGGAAGUGCGCGAUUUGAGCCGCGACGACUGGAUAGACAGGAACUCCCCAGUCUACGCGGCAGUGGAGUGUGAUAGAAAAUACUUCAGCGAUUUCUAUCCCGCGGUUACCAUAGUGAUAGAGGGUGACGUAGACUACUGGAACGUCACGACGCAGAGGAGCAUCAUGAGGAUGCUGAGCAGGAUGGAGGAUCUGGACCACAUGAACGACGGCAUCGCGACGCAAACCUGGCUACGUCACUACAUCAGCUUCCUCAAGCUGACCAGGGGGUCCUCGGAUCUGGGCAAGGAGGAGUUCCUGAGAACACUGAAGGAAGAGUUUCUUAGUACCUACCUGUUUGGUAAAUACAGGAAGGACAUCGUCUUCUCGCAGAACGGGACUAUCAUUGCCUCUAGGUUUAUACUCGCCGGGAAGGGAGUCAAGGGGAAAGCACUCGCGAUCGCGACGCUCAACAAAAACCUCCGUGACAUCGUAGAUGACUGUCCUUUUAAAGCGUCGGUGUUCUCCUUUGUCUUCCCGAUCUUCGAGCAAUUCUACUACGUGCGAGAGACGAUGGCAAAAAAUGUCAUCGCCGCCUUGGUGAGCAUGAUGCUCAUAACGCUGUUGUUCGUACCGAAGCCGGUUUACUCCCUCUGGAUAGGCCUCUGCAUCCUGUCCAUUGAUGUUGGAGUUCUCGGCUUCAUGUCGCUCUGGGGAAUCUCCUUAGAGCCCGUUGCUGUUAGUAUAUUCACCGUCUCCAUCGGGUUUUCCGUGGACUACGCCGCUCACAUCACUGUGCACUUCGCCGUGUCCCAGAGCGAGGGGAGGAGGGAGAAGGCGAUCAGGGCGCUCUGUGAGGUGCAGUUGCCGGUGGUUCUGGGCGCGGCUUCCACGGCGUUGUGCAUGCUGCCUUCGGGUUUGGGGUCUACGUAUGUCUUCACGCUGCUUUUCAAGGUGAUCAUUCUGGUGAUCGUGAUCGGCUGUGCGCAUGGACUUGUCUUUCUUCCGGCUGCGCUGUCCGUCUUGGGACCGGGAGAGAAGGUUAACACCAUGCCGUCGGUGUAGAAGGCAUCUUUAAUUAUUUAUCUGUUCGUUUAUUUAUUUUUCAUUUUUAAAUCUUUUCAACAACAGUGUUGCCAGAGGGUCUAGGGUUUAAGGUAAGGUCAACAACAGUAAGCGGUUCGAUGGAAUAGGCGUUUCUUGUACAACUCACCUUUUCAAGGCCAUCAUACGAACACAAUCAUAAACUAAUGUAACACAUAUUCAAUAGAUAGUGGUAUAACUGAAUGCGUCGGUGGAUGUUUAACACCAAGGACAGGGAUGGUACUGCUUAUUUCAGUGGAGUCAGCACCAGGGAAAGGUUUACUGAUUGUUUCAAUGGAUAUUCAGUACUAAGGACAUAGAUGGUACUGGAUGGUUCAGUUAAUGUUUAGCACCUGGGACAGGGGUGGUACUGAUUAUUUCAGUGGAUGUUCACCACCAAGGACAAGGAUGGUACUGAAUGCUUCGGUGUGUGUUCAGCACCAAGGACAGGAAUGGCACUGGGUGUUUCAGUGGGUGUUGAACACCAGGGACAGGGAUGGAUGUUCUAGUGGAUAGUUAUUCGCUGUCCAGAACCACAUUUAUGUUGCCGUGCAUUACGUUGAUACAUUACGUUUUGAUACUUAAAAUUUUGCUACAUUGUUAUUUUACGUUGUGCUUGAUACUUAAAGUUACACCAGUGAAAUGUGAGACUUUGAAACACUUGAUAACAAAGUUGGGAAUGUUGCCUAGUUGGACUAGGUUGACGCUAAAUUAUUAACCCCGGACUUUGUGAGAUACAUUAUGGAUGUUUAUAUGCUAUCAUAGCUACAUCAUUGCAACAUACAGACUUUUCUAGGCUAAACUACCCAGCGCUGGUUCUGCUACUCCUGCAGCUGCAUUGUGCUACAGAUGGUCAAAAUAAAUCUGGAUUGGUACAUGUUAUCAGAACCACGUCAUACAAAUGACUCUUCUAGGCUCAGCAUUGGUUCUGCGACUCCUACAGCUUUACUGUCCUAAACAUGGUCAAAAUAUUUACGUACAUGGUACGUGGUAACAUGAAAUGUUAUAUGCAAUAUCUGAGUGAUGACGUAACAGCUACGUGUAUAACGUUGACAUUGACCUUGGACCCACUUGAACAUUGUCCUACCGAUAUUGUCCUUAGGAGUUAUUUAUAUCUCUGAUAUAUUCAUUAGAUAGCCUCUUGAGUGGUAAUUUGACCUUAGAAACUUGUA